AUGUUAAGACAUUUAUCAGAUGAUCACUGCAAAGCAAAGGCUGGACUGGUGCACCAAUCUGCCUUAAGGAAUAGUCACCUAGGUUCAUUUCUACAGAAAUCACCUCAGAACUCCAUCGACCCACCUCGAGGCGAGACGGAACUGCCGCAGGAAAAAAGCAACAUUGAAAGUAAAAUGGCAGACGCUGGGAAGAUGCACCCUGAAGAGUCUCCCAAAUCACAACCAUCCAAUACACAUAAGUGGUCUCUGAGCUAUCCAACUUCCGGUUCCUGGCUAUCCAGGCGGUGUUGGGCACUGUCUCCCUCUUGUGGCUUGGGCUUGCUGAUAGUUCUUUGGAGGACAUCACUCUGGGUAAUUUCUGGGUUUUCUUUUUUCAUUGUAAAACUCCUGAAGUUUCCUGUUUUUCCCUUUGUCCUGGGAAGCUCGGGGCCUUAUUUUGCCACUGGACUGCAGGAAGAAGAAAAGGCAGCAGUGCACAAACGUAGCCCUAAGGUGUUGGAGGCUCUGCAAAAGCUGAACAUCCAGGCCGACCAGGCACCAGUCAUUGCUGUCCUAGGCUCUGGCGGGGGGCUGCGGGCCCACAUCGCUUGUCUUGGGGUGCUGAGUGAGUUGAAAGAACUUGGCCUGUUGGAUGCCGUCACGUACCUCGCGGGCGUCUCAGGGUCCACUUGGGCAUUGUCCUCUUUCUUCGCCAACAAUGGAAAUAUGGAAAGCAUGGAAAAGGAGCUGGAAGAGCGAUAUGAGAAGAAUAGUUGGCACUUUAAAGAGAGCCUAACGAAAGCCAUCCAGGCGGCAAGGAGGGAGAAUUACUCCCUGACUGACUUUUGGGCCUAUUUGAUUGUUUCCAGGCAAAUGAGAGAACUUCAGGACUCCAAUUUGUCCAGCAUAAAGGAGCAAGUAGAAGAAGGAGUGAUGCCUUAUCCCAUCUUUGCAGCCAUUGAUGAUGAUCUUCAGCCUGAGUGGAGGAAGAGAAAAACUCAGAAGUCCUGGUUUGAAUUCACCCCUCAUCAUGCUGGCUACCCUGCACUUGGGGCUUACAUCCCCAUCACACAGUUUGGAAGCAGAUUUGAGAAUGGAAAAGUGGUUCGACAAGAGCCUGAGAGAGACUUGACUUUCCUGAGAGGCUUAUGGGGAAGUGCUAUAGCUGAUAUAGAAGAGGUUAAAAAAUUUAUUUGGGACAUGUUAAUGGAUCUGAUAGCAAAAUUGAAGCAGAAUUUUCAGCCCAUGGCAGCAGGGGCUGGACCAUCGACGUAUAUAGAAACACCAGGGAAGAAGGUGGAUCAAGAGCUCUUGGAUUUAGCGAUAGCUUAUGUCAAGGAUCAUGAUGACCCCAGCAUCAAGGAUAAACUCUGGGCUCUGCAACAGACUCUGAGCGCCGAGGAAGACGAGUUUGGCCAACAGAAGCACAGCUGGAUUGCCGAGAUAGGCCAGAAUUGGAAUGAGAUCUCCCCCGAGGAGAAAGAGCAGUUUCUGGAAUAUCUGUUCUACUGCUUCAUGAGGACACCAGAGCCCGAUGAAGAUGAAAUGUACAGCUCGAAGAGCUGGAUUGUGGGUUUACUCCAGGACGUUUUUACUUUUCUGAGUAAAACUGGAAUUUGCUUUUGGAGGUGGGAGUGGGGAACUGUUUACAACUUCCUCUAUAAACCCGGUAACAUCACAGAUGAGACCAUGCAUAGCCGGGAGUUUCUCCAUCUGGUGGAUGCUGGUUAUGCCAUCAACACUCCCUACCCACUUGUUCUGCCUCCCGUGCGUGAAGUUCACCUCAUCCUCUCGUUUGACUUCAGUUCUGGGGACCCAUUGGAGACCAUCAGGGCUGCAGCAGACUACUGCCAAUGCCAUGCGAUCCCCUUCCCUGACGUGAGGGAGGAUCAGCUGAAAGAAUGGGCCCAAGCCCCAGCGAGCUGCUAUGUCCUCAGAGGAGAAACAGGGCCUGUUGUCAUGCACUUUACUCUGUUCAACAAAGACAACUGUGGAGAUAACAUUGAGACAUGGAGACAAAAAUAUGACACAAUGAAACUAUCUGACACCUACACACCAGACUUGGUGAAGGAUUUGCUAAAGAUGUCUAGAGAGAAUGUCCGGAAAAACAGAGACAAUAUCCUUAAUGAGAUGUGGAGAGUGGCAGGAAAACCUGGGAACUUCCCAAGGGUGUAUAUGGAAGACAGCUCAGGUGACACAGUGCAGGAUGUCCAAGGCUCUCGGACUGUGGAGAUCAAGAUAUCUAACAACACAGACAUAACAUUCAAGAAUCCCUUGUACUACUUGCAGAGUGGGAAUGUAUUAGUGGACCCACCACCUGUGCUCUCUCCAGAGUCCACCAUCAUCUGUUCUUUUGAGAGGAAGAGCUGCAGCUUCCAGGGCACUGUGGGCCUACUGGUCUACCAGGGCCCAAGUGUCCACCUGGCCUUGAUGUUCUCUGUUCCCUUCAACUAUGCCCUUCACAGAAUUGAGUUUGCCAUAGCCAUUAUAACUGAGCCAGUCUCCAGGGACCUGGAGAGUGUCUUUGACAGCAUUCAGGGCAAUGGGUCUCCAGAGAUAAAGGUGGCAAAGCAUGUCCUUCAGAUCCCCCAGGGGACCCUGAAGAUAGAACACGACUCCUUGAUCAUCACAGCCAUCAUGUCCAACAUCCAUGUGACUAAAAUGGAUAUAAUGGUUGAGACCAAAACCUCUUAAAAUUUUCUCUCAUCCUUCUAUAGCUGCCCAUUUUAUACUCCCUGUCAGACUGGUUGGCUCUGUAAAAAGAAGAGACCUUAGCUUAAAUAAUGGCCU